GACCAGCGGGGCCGCCGGGAUGGAGCAGCCCCGGUACCGGGGAGACCCCGCCGGGGAUGGCGAAGGGGGCGGCCGCCCGGCGGAGGACAGCGCUGCCUGGAACGGGAGCUGCGGCCGGCCACCGGUCACCAUCCCAGAGGACAACGACGACGACCACGACCUGCCCUUCCUGAGCCCCGAGGGUCCCCGGUGCUCCUGCCGCUGCCGGGGGGAACCGGCCGCCCCCCCCAACCCCGCGGCCGAGCGGCAGGACGGAUCCUGCAGCCUCACCUGCCGUAACCGGGCCGCCGCUGGCCCGGUGCUGCCGCCGGCCCGUGGGCAGGGAGAUGGGGAGGAGGACGAAGCUGGCGAGGACGGCGCGGGGAAGGGGAGCCGGAGGACACGGAGGCGUCAGAGGCAUCGCUCGACCCCCAAGGAGAAGGAGGACGGCGGACGGCGCGAGGGCGGUGCGGGCAAGCGGCACCGACCAUCACGGAAGAGGAGCCGCGGGGACGGGACCGAGGCGCCGGCAGAGGAACCGGCCAGCUACCAGGGUCUGCUGGCAGCGGCGCUGGCCCAGGCGCGCAGGCUGGGCGCGGAGGCCGGCGGAUGGCUGCUCUGCUCCUGCUGCCGCCUCGGCGGCCACGACCUGGGCUCGGCACAGGCCAGCGUACGGAACUGGGGCCGGCGGGUGGGCCAGCAGGCCCGGAGCGGCUCCCUGAGGGUGGCCCGGUGGCUACAGGCCGGCACGGGGUUCUUCCUCCGCCUGCUCUGGAUGCUCUGCGCGCUCCUCGUCCUCCUCCUCGUGCUGCUCCUGGGCAGCUUGCGGCUCUGCUGGCGCGUGGGUGCCGGCGCGCUGGUUGCCGGCGCGGAUCAGCUGGGCAGGAGCCAGCGGGUGGCCCGGUUCCUCACGCUUUUGGACGCAGCCGUGUUCCGUAGGACGUGGGGGCUCCUCGGGGAGAGCCGGAUGUGCCGGCACCUCUGGGACUGGCUGCAGAGACGGCGAGCUCCCCCCUGGGCGCCCGGGGCGGGUCGGACAGGGGGACUGGGGGAUGCGGCGUCUGUUGGCGACGGGGGGGCUCCCGCCGCCGGCUGCGCGGAGGAGGUGAGCCGCUUGCUGGCCAUGGCAGAGGUGCCCGAGGAGGAGCUGAACCCCUUCCAGGUGCUGGGCGUGGAGGCGACGGCGUCGGACGCCGAGCUGAAGAAAGCCUAUCGCCGGCUGGCGGUGCUGGUCCACCCGGACAAGAACGAGCACCCGAGGGCAGAGGCAGCGUUCAAGGUGCUGCGAGCGGCCUGGGACAUGGUCAGCAGCCCGGAGAGGAGGAAGGAGUACGAGAUCAAGCGGAUGGCGGAGAGUGAGCUGACGAGGUCCAUGAGCGAGUUCCUGAGCCGGCUGCAGGACGACCUGAAGGAAGCCAUGAACACCAUGAUGUGCAGCAAGUGCCAGGGGAAGCACAAGAGGUUUGAGAUGGACCGAGACCCCCUCAGUGCCCGCUACUGUGCCGAGUGUGGCGGGCUGCACCCUGCCGAGGAGGGUGACUUCUGGGCCGAAUCCAGCCUGCUGGGGCUGAAGAUCACCUACUUCGCCAUGAUGGACGGGAAAAUCUACGACAUCACGGAGUGGGCCGGCUGCCAGCGCGUGGGGAUCAACCCGGACACCCACCGCGUCCCCUACCACAUCUCCUUUGGCUCGAGGAGCUCCGGGCCGGGCGGGCGGCAGAGGAGUGCCUCCAAGGGCAGCCCCACCUCAGCUGCCGACCUGCAGGAAUUCUUCACCCGCGUCUUUCAGGGGAGCUCAGGACCGAUGCCCGGGGGGCCCUUCCCGCCACCCCCCACACCCCCGGGGGCUGCAGCCCCCCCCGGGGUUCCCCCCAGGGCCGAGGGUGCCGUCCCCAAGGGCGACGCGAAGCACAAGAGGCGGAAGAAGGUGCGUCGGCCGUUGCAGCGCUGAGCGGCGCCAGGCAGACGGCACUGUGCUGGGCACGAAAAGGGCUCUUUCCAAU